AUGUUAAUUUUCAGAAGGAACUUUUCCAGAUUUAUAAAUAAUAAUAAUCCCAAAAGAGGCGUACGAAAAAUUUUGCAUAAAAAUGUAACACAGUAUAAAUAUAUGCCAAAUAGCAACAUUGCACAUCAGCAAAAUGACAACAAACUGGUUAGAGGAGGUGCGGGUCUGUUAAAUACCUUCUAUGAGAGUUUUAUAUAUGGUUGUGGAUUUUUUUUAAGCAACAGAUUGUUAGAUCAGAUAUUUGGCCCACGUUCGUGCGACACAUUUAACAACAAUAUGGAUUUCUCAAAUGGAAAUACAACUGAUCACGUCAGUGACAAUUAUAAUAAUUACCCCAGUGAACAUUUCAAUAACAAUGAUCCAUCUAUCAAUGACAAUGAUUUUCAGCAAGACAUAGGUCUAGAUGAUGACACGUUUGAUUUUUAA